CCCGGCCACCCCUCUUUUCAUUCAGCCACCAAUAUUCAAGCCCAGAUUUCACACCACCUCUCAAUCCGCCGCCGCGGCAGGCAGAAGUCAGCUCCCCAAUCCCCCUUCAUUACAAAAUGGCGCAGCAAGCGACCAUCCUAAUUUCGUCGAUUCCCCUUCGAUUAACCUCGAUUCAUCCGGCGCCAUUCGCCUCGCCCAAAUCCCGGACCUCCUCUAUUUCCAGAUCCCAAUCGAGAACCCUCCGAAUUCGAGCCGUGCAAGACGUCGGCGGCGGAGGAGGAGGCCCGCCGCGGAGGCUUGUCGACAUCAUAAGGCUGGUCCCGGACCUGACCCGGGGCUACUUCCGGAGCCCAUCCCGCCGGGCCCUGUUCGGAGGGAUAUCGCUGCUGGGAGGGUUCUACGUGGCGCAGACGAUCUCGCUGUCGUUCGGGGCGCUGGGAGUGAACGACGUCAUAGCGGCGGUGGUGUGCGUGGUGCUGACGGAGUACGUGACGCGGUUCUACUACAGUCGGCCCAAGGUAACUUUCCCGCUCGCUCUGCUCAACAAUUUCAAGAUGGGUUUCACCUACGGGCUCUUCAUCGAUGCUUUCAAGCUCGCCAGUUGAGAUCUGUUUGGUAGAGUGUGCGGAUUGUGCCCGCCGACUCGUAUGUUUAUAGAACUACGACGUUGGUGAAUUGGAGGUUGUAAACAGGGGAAGAGAUUUGGGGCCAGAAUUGGAUGAUCUGAUGAAUUUCUUUGUCGAAUGCUGUCAUAUGGAGGUGUGCAGGGGAAAGAAAGAAAGAAAGGGAGUUUAGCGCCAUUGCAGGAGGUCUGCUUCCAUUUGUAAAUGCUGUCUGCAUCAAGAGGUCGAUGGUGAAUUAUUGAGAUUGAUGGAUUGGUUACACUAUGAUGCAUGUACCAAAUGGAUGGAUAUGAAAAGUAUAUUGUAGAAUCAGAUUAAUGUUUUCGUGGAAAUUUGUGGGACUUAUAUGUUCAGAUCCAUAACUAUCUAUUUUUAUGGAAGUUGGCAUGGGUAGUUUAGAUUAGGUAUUUGAAUGAGUUAUUUCAUUAUUUGGAAUCAAAUAGAUUGUUUGGU